AUGGGUUGCACACAAACAUCGCCAAGUAUCAUGCCGUAUAAUCACGUUCCUAUCGAACGAUUAUAUAAUAAUGCAAGUUAUCCAAAACUAGAGACACCACCUCUUGUUACGAUUACCGCACCACCGACACCAUCUUAUGUAAAAAGUGCAUUAAAAAAGCCUCAUUCUUAUAGUAAAGAACGACCAGAAUUAAUACCAAUGUCAAGAGCAAAACGUCCACUAAUUGCUAGAUCGGUGAAUUUUGAUGAACAAGUAUUAGUUAAACCACGUACACCUUCGCCUGAUAAAGUAUGGUAUGAAAAAGCAUCAUCUACUACACCAAUGAGGAAACAUCCACCGAAUGAUGAUGAUGAUUAUGAUUAUGAUUAUGAGGAAAGUGAAUCAAAUUCAUCUGAUGAAGAACAUAUAGGUAACGGAAAAACUGAUGUAGAAUCACAAAAACCACAUGAUCAAUCAAAAAAUUCUUGGUAUAAAACAAAUAAGAUGGAACCUCAGUCAAAUACAGCUCUGGAAUAUAAAUCUUCUCCUCUAAUUGGACAACAGCCUUCUUCUAAUGUAAAUAAAAAUACAAAAAAGAAUCUUACUCCAUCAUCAGCAAAUACGAUAAAAGUACGACGAAAACUACCUAUUCUUGAUGCACCGCAAACUACAUUUGCUCCUUCAUAUCAAUCUUCAACUAUUUUACCCUAUCAACAUCCUAUACAAUCUGCUACAGUUCCUAUUCAUCAAAUUCCUACGCAAACUCCAAACAUUUCUAUUCAUCAAUCAAUAAUUCCAUCACAUCAAUCUUCAGUGCAAUAUUCUACAACUCCUUCUAUUCAACAACCAACUGUAAAUCAUUCUACUAUUUCUUUUGUACAAUCUCCAAUUAGUUCGUCUACUCAAACUCUGAAGAAUUCAUCUCUUGUAAAACAUACUUUACCAUCGAUUUAUGGUGAAUUAUCUUCACCAAUUGUUUUUUAUGCACUUAAGAAUCGUCCUCUGGAGAAUAUAAUUCAAAAGAAAAAUAUUUGA